GCAAUAUCUCUUUUAAAGGGUAUCGCCGACUCUUACGUGGACUAUACCGAGAGAGCGUAUAACAUUUUUGGAUGUCACAGGGAAAUCACUGAAUUGGUGCCUGCUAUAGCAACAGAAGAUGUAAGAUAUAUGAAGUACGAGGGGGCUGUAAUUUCAAGAGAUCGCGUAGAACAAGUCCGCAGGUCGCUAGAGCCAAGAGAACUGCAUAUGUCUUCAUCUUCUCAAAUGCCAGUCGGACAACUACUUGGCGCGGCACAGCGUAGACGACGAAGCGAGCCGUUGCGGAUGGGCUCCGGAUGGGAUCCGAUCCGUCACGGAACGCCACCGCCACCGUACUCUGCCAGCGUGAAUCAGCCAUUUACCUCGAACCGUUGA